AUGCUGGAUUAGUUAACAUACAAAGAUGGUGAAUUAAAUGGUCAUAACAGGUACUAUGAUUGGAACAGUAGAGGGUUUAUUAUAUGGACAUAAAUGUAGAUUAAACUUGGAAUAAUUAUUAAAUAUAAUUAAAAGUGGAGCAGCAAAUUCUACAGUAGGGAGUUAUUUGGGAUUGAGAAUGAUUAAGGGAGAUUUAAGCCAGAAUUUUAUGUUGAACAUUUUAUUAAAAAUUUGAACAUAGCUAUAAAGGAAGCGAAUAGAAUGAAUUUAAGUUUACCAGAAUUAGCUUUGGUUAUAUAAUUGUAUCAUGCUUUGUUUGUUCAAGAUGGAAGAAGAAAUGGAACUUAAGCAUUACUUUUAGCAUUAGAAACAUCGAAUUAUCAUAAGAUUAGAUAAUCAUUUAUUUUAAUAUAAAUUAUAAAUUCUGUUAUGCCAAAACUCUAUACAUUCAAGGACCCUAAUUUCAAUCCUCUUUAGAAUUAUGUGGUUGACAAAACUUUAGGAUAAGGAACUUUUGGAAAAGUGAAGUUGGGUAUUCACAAAUGCACAAAUGAAAAAGUAUGAAAUCACUUCAAUUUACAAAGGUAGCAAUAAAGAUUCUAGAGAAAGAGAAAAUAGAAAAUGAGGCUGAUUAUGUUAGAAUUCAACGUGAAAUUCACAUUCUGCGUAAAAUUCGUCAUCCAAACAUCAUUUAAUUGUAUGAGGUAUAUAAAUAAGUUAUAAGAGAUAAUCGAAAGUGAAAUAAAGUUAUAUUUAAUAACUGAAUAUGCACCAGGAGGAGAGUUAUUUGAACAUAUUGUUUCUAAAUCUCGACUUGAAGAGCGUGAAGCUGGUCGUAUAUUCUUUUAACUUCUUAAUGCUAUUGAAUAUAUUCAUCAAUUAGGAAUAGUACACAGAGAUCUUAAACCUGAAAACAUACUCCUUGAUUCCAAUAAAUAAGUUAAAGUUGUAGAUUUUGGAUUAUCAAAUCUCUAUUAAACUAAUUAAAAAUUGCAUACCCCAUGUGGUAGUCCUUGCUAUGCUGCCCCUGAGAUGGUUAGUGGAUUACCUUAUGAAGGAUUAAAAACUGACAUCUGGUCAUGUGGAAUAAUAUUGUAUGCAAUGAUUUGUGGGUUUCUUUAUAUUCUUAUUUUAGUUGUGUCCCAUUUGAAGAUCAAAAUACUAAAUAACUUUAUGAAAAAAUUAAACAUUCAGAUUACAAACUUCCUAAAAGUGUAUCUCCUUAAGCUGCUGAUCUUCUUCGUAGAAUUCUUCAGAAGGAUCCUUCCAAAAGAAUUUCUAUACCUGAAAUUCGUCAACACGAUUUCAUCCUUUUCGCUGGCAAAAUGACUAUCCCUCAAGGAGUAAACACUAAGUAUUAUCAAUAGAGUAUCUAGAUCCGAUAAUUUUAAAAUAGAUGUCGAUUAUACUAUUUUAUCACUAUUACUAUAAUAUAACGUCUCUGAGGAAGAAGCUGUCUAAAUGAUCAAAAAUAAUAAACACAAUUGUAUUACUACUUGUUACUAUCUUCUCAAACUUAAACAACAAAGAGAAAAGCAGAUCAAACCAGAUAUACCCCCUAAAACUAUUUCUAUUGAAAAAUAGAAUUUAUUUAAUAAAACUCAAUAAAUCGAAUAACAGAAAUCCUCUCCUUUAGUCAAACAAAAACUUUACUCCUAAUAGUAACCAACUUAACCUUAUAGUUAAGAUGUCUAACAAUAAAUUUUAUUACAUCUCCUAUAAAAUCAAUAACAAUAAUAAUAAUAACAAUAACAAUAAUAACAAUAAUAAUAAUAACAAUAACAAUAAUCUAAAGAAAUUAAAUAACCAUAGGUUUCAAAAGUUGCUGAAACUGGUGGAUCUUCAUCAAUGGAAAUGUUUCUAAAUAAAGCAUUUUCUGAUCGAAAUCAAAAUAAAUCAUAAACGUAUUAAUUUAUUUAAUAUACUCUAUAGAAAAGGUAAAACGAAAUCUUAAGAUCCAGUUCCUCAUAGAGAAACGUCUGCUCCUAAAAAAACUUGUUUGCCCUCAAAAAAUCAUAAAUCUAUUUCCCAAAAACCUUCUAGUUAAUCAAAAGGUUAAUUAGCUUAAUUACUUGCUGUUAAACAAUCCAAAUAUUUAGGCAAUACGUAUCAAUCUAUUUCUAUUUUUAGAGAUUCAACUACUUAUGUAAGACAUAAAAGUAAUUUGAAAUUCAAACAAGGAAGCACUGAAAGAUCAGAUCGACAUAGCAGCAAUAGUUAAAGAUCUGAAAUAACUUAUCUAAAAAGAAGUGUUGAAAAUAGAAGUAGCUAGCAUAUAAAAAAUGAUCGCAAAACAAGAAUGAUUAGUACUUAUGCAUACAAUGAUACUUAAAAACCAAUCUAAACCUAACCUAAUGAAAGAAUAAAUGUAAUUUAAAACUAUGAAUUUAGACUGAUCUUAGCAAAGAAUAAUCAAAUGUACUUCAAUCUUAGUAAUAGAGAUUGACCCAUAUGGAUAACUUGGCUCUAGGCAUUUAAAUAUAUAAGCACAAUAUUCAAAACAGAUUUCUAAUUAAAUAGUAGUAAAAAAGAAAAAGCAAAUAAUAAUAAUGA